AUGGAGAUUGUCUACGUGUAUGUGAAGAAGCGCAGCGAGUUUGGCCGACAAUGCAACUUCUCCGACCGGCCGGCCGAAACCAACGUGGACAUCCAGCCAGACCCGAGCCAAGCCAGAAACUUCAUCGAGAGGGACCCCAUUGAUGCUGCAAUACAGUGUGCCAGUGAUAUGUCGGAGCAUGAGGUCAACACGGAGAGAUUUGAGAUGGAAAAUGAGGGGGUUAACCACUUGGAAGGAGGGUGGCCAAAAGACGUCAACCCUCUGGAGAUGGAGCAGACCAUUCGCUUCCGGAAGAAAGUGGAGAAAGAUGAGAACUAUGUCAACACCAUCAUACAACUCGGCAGUCUGAUGGAACAUUGCAUCAAACAGAACAAUGCGAUCAAUAUCUACGAGGAGUACUUUGACGAUGAGGAGACAGCAGACAUAGCAGAUGAGCCUCCGUCUGCAAAAACCAUCAAUGUCUUCAGGGAUCCAAAUGUAAUCAAAAGGACAGCCACGCAUCUCUCCUGGCACCCAGAUGGAAGCAAGAAGCUGGCAGUAGCUUAUUCCAGCCUGGAGUUCCAGCGAAGCUCUAAAGAUAUGAGCUAUGAGUCAUACAUAUGGGAUCUUGAAAAUCCCAACAGACCAGACCUGGUUCUCAGGCCAUCAUCCACGCUUGUGAGCCUGGAAUACAACCCCAAAGACUCUCACAUCCUGGUUGGAGGAUGCUAUAAUGGACAGAUCGCUUACUGGGACACCAGGAAAGGAGGACAGCCGGUGGAGCUUUCCACCGUAGAAUUCAGCCACAGGGACCCCGUGUAUGGAAUGAUCUGGCUUCAAUCCAAAACCGGCACAGACUGUUUCUCCGCCUCUACCGAUGGGCAGGUCCUGUGGUGGGAUAUCCGUAAGCUGACCGAGCCCACUGAGACACUGGUGAUGGACAUCAGCAGGAAAGGAGUCUUGGAGAACGCUUUAGGAGCCAUCGCGCUGGAGUUUGAACCGACCAUGCCGACCAAGUUCAUGGUGGGGACGGAACAAGGCGUGGUGAUCACCUGUAACCGCAAGGCCAAGACACCUGCGGAAAAGAUAGUUGGCACAUACAGUGGACACCAUGGCCCCAUCUACGCCCUGGCAAGGAACCCUUUCUUCCCCAAGAACUUCCUGACAGUCGGGGACUGGACUGCUCGGAUCUGGUCUGAGGACAGCAAGGAAUCAUCCAUCAUGUGGACCAAGUACCACAUGGCUUACCUAACAGACGGGUGCUGGAGCACCAUCCGGCCAGUUGUCUUCUUCACAACCAAAAUGGACGGGACGCUUGAUGUCUGGGACUUCCUCUUCAAACAGAACAACCCCUCCCUCAGCGUGAAGGUCUGUGACGAGCCUCUCUUCAGCCUGCGUCUGCAGGACAACGGGCGUUUCAUUGGCUGCGGCUCUAAGCUGGGCACCGUGACCCUGCUGGAGGUCUCUUCUGGGCUCUGUACCCUGCAGAGGAAUGAGAAGAAUGUGGCCACGGCGAUGUUUGAGCGAGAGACAAAGCGAGAGAAGAUCCUGGAGGCCCGGCACCGGGAGAUGCGUCUGAAGGAGCGCACCAAGGCCGAGGGCAAGGAGGAGGACGUGAAGGUGGAGACGGAGGAGGAGACGCCUGAGGAGCUGCUGGCCAGAGUCCAGAAGGAGUUCUUCGAGAUCAUCGAAGCAGAGAUCAGGAGGAAGGAGCGGGCAGCCAAGCUGUCGAGAGCCCAGGAGAAGGAAGUUACAGAUGAAAACGAGGACGAGGACCCUUACAAGGAGGAGUGAGCCUGGCGUGUGGAUCGCACAGUCGCACUUAAUUUAUUCUCGUACCAGUGCAGGUCCUUUCCCCUUUGGAUCAUUUCUACAAGAG